UGGCCACAAAUUUCAAGCAGAAUGUCCCAAACGUCUUGUCGCUCAAGUUCGUCCCCCACUUGGUACCACAAUUUACCAUCCGAAAUUUUGGUACGAAUUUUUGAACAUUUGGAAGAGAGCGAAAUACGUAAAUCGGUUAUGCUGGUGUGUAGACAAUGGAAAUUUGCAGCCACCCGACCGGUCCUAUGGAAAAAACUGCACAUUUACGGCGAAAGAGUUCCCACGAAUUUCAUCUGUCAACGAAUCCGAUGUCUUCCCUACUUAACAACCAUUCAUUUGCGAGAAAUUUCGGAACCUGCCUUCAUUAUCAGGCAAAUAAUGCGUUGGUUGCCCAAACUAAAACACUUCACACUGCGAAAUUCCGGUACAGUUUCCGAAACUGUGCUUCGCAAUCUGAUUCAGCGAUGCCGACAACUGGAAACUUUGGACAUUUCCGGUACAACGUUUAGGGGUUGCAAGUUUUACGAGGAGAUCGCCGGUUUAAUGAAUCUGAGGCACAUCAAUUUGAGCAAGAAUUAUUCCUUGAACAUCAACAAUUUCAUGACUGCUUUGGUAAAUUGCCACAAAUUGGAGGAAUUGAAAGUUACCACAGUUUUGAGUGAUAAAGAAACGGGGCGGUUGAGUGACACACAUGUAUUGUUUAUUAUAUCAAAUUUUGCAAACAACCUUACAGGAUUGGGUUUAGAUGCAAGUAGUUUGACUGAUUUUAGCUUUAAGGUUGUAACGCAAUGUACAAAAUUGAAAACCCUCAGUCUACAUAACGCACGAAAUCUGUCACCAGAAGUGCUUUUAAGAAUAUGGAAAAGCUUACAGAAUCUAAAUACUUUAAAAGUGCGAGAGGCGAAUCAAAUUGAUGGGUCAACUAUUGCGGAACUGUUCAACUCUAACAGAGAAAAUUUACUGCGUGUCACGUCUAUCGAUCUUACUGGGUGUUGGAAGAUCAACGACGCUGGAAUAGCUGCAAUAGCAAAUUGCCGUGAACUGGAACGGCUUAGACUGAAGGGCUGUAAGAGCAUCCAAAGUCUUCGGCCCAUACGAGACAGCUGCACCAAACUUAAAAAGCUCAACAUUGCAUUCUGUAUCAAUUUGGAUCCGUGGACGAUACUUCCUUUGCCCGAAAAACUCAACAAGUUAAUACUAGAUAAAAGUAGUAGAUUUUCGCCAAUUAGACAUUCAAUGUUUGCAUAUGAUCAUGUAAUGGUCAAGGUGUGCUUAUCGGAGUACAAUAGAAGUAUGGAAAAUUACACUUGUCAUUAA